GGAGGGUACAUGACUUAUGUACACAUGACUUGGUGUCUAUCCAGACUUGGCAUGUACGUCAUCAUAUCACGUCGCUGACGCGAAGUCAUCUGAGGUACACGCAGUCCACAACCACACUCACAUCGAUGGACUAUGCUGCCAAUGCUCAGCCAUGGGUGUCACCGGCCUCUGGACUGUGCUGCAGCCCUGCGCGCGCCCCAUCAAGAUCGAGACGCUGAACAAGAAGCGACUCGCCGUCGAUGCCUCCAUCUGGAUCUACCAGUUCCUCAAAGCGGUGCGCGAUAAAGAGGGAAAUGCGCUGCGGAACAGCCAUGUUGUUGGUUUCUUCCGCCGCAUAUGUAAACUCCUCUUCAUCGGCAUCAAGCCGGUCUUUGUCUUCGAUGGCGGCGCACCGGCACUCAAGCGCCAGACCAUCAGCGGCCGGAAGGCGCGUCGCGAGGGCAGACGGGAAGAUGCGGCGAGGACGGCGGGCAAACUUCUCGCGAUCCAGCUGCAGAGGGCUGCCGAGGAUGACGCGAAGAAGCGAAAAGAGGCGCCGCCGCAGCAGGUGCAGCAGCAACAGGAACAGGAGCAGGAGCAGAUUCCCGAGACUCUGGUGUAUGCGGAUGAGGUACUUCAGUCACAACAGGAGCGUACACAGAACCGCACAUUCCGCAAGAAAGACCAGUACCAUCUGCCUGACCUGGGCAUGUCGUUGUCAGAGAUGGGCGGUCCAAACGAUCCCAGGGUCAUGUCGCUGGAAGAGCUGGAGGACUAUGCAAGGCAGUUCGACAGGGGCGAGGACAUCAACGUCUACGAUUUCUCCAAGAUCGACUUCGACGGCUACUUCUUCCAGAGUUUGCCCCCUGCCGAUCGCUACAAUAUCUUGAACGCAGCACGCCUGAGAAGUCGGCUGCGUAUGGGUUACUCCAAGGAACAGCUCGACUCCAUGUUCCCGGACAGAAUGGCUUUCUCCAAGUUCCAGAUCGAGCGCGUGCGUGAGCGCAACGACUUGACUCAGCGCCUGAUGAAUCUCAACGGCAUGAAUGACGAUUCCCCGUUCGGCGCGGGUGCGGGUCGUGUUGCGGGCGAGAAGGGUAGAGAAUAUGUGCUUGUCAAGAAUGACGGCGUUGAAGGUGGAUGGGCGCUCGGAGUUGUAACAAACAAGGAUGAGGGUAAAGCGCACAAACCCAUUGACGUCGACCUGCCAAUACGCCCAGUCGAAGAAGACAUAUAUGGGGAAGACGACGAUGACUUCGAAGAUGUACCCAUUGAGGGGUUGAACCGGUUGCCCAAGCCGAAGCCCGGCCUCAGUGCGCAAGAAAGAGAUGGUCGCGAGUACAUUUCAAACGAACUGGCAAAGCGACGGAGAAAGUUCUAUAAUUCGAGGCAAGAUGGAUCCACGCGGCCUAGACCACGAAAGCCUUCGCCUGUGGAACAAGAUCCUGACUCGCUCUUUCUUGCUGAGGAAAACGAAGACGCGGAGUGGGAGGAUGUGCAGAUGAACGAGGCCAGCGCUAUAUCUGAAGAGGCAGGAGAUGAUCUUGAAAACGAACAAUUGCAACAAGCGAUUGCGCUUUCGAUGCAGCAGGGGGAUCUAGACGUGGUAGAGGAAUCAGAGGAUGAUCCCAUCCGUGAAGUCUUUCAACAGGAACGUGUGAAAGACACAAAUCCAUUUGCAAAGACUAAAGGAUCCGGCCUCGCCAUUGCAAGACUAGCAAACCAACGCAGCAGCAAGCUUGCACCAAAGGGACCCUUCGAAGGCAGCGACAGCGAGGAAGACGGAAUCGACCUCCAAGCUGCUCUGGCCGAAUCACGGAAGUCGAAACGGCCAACCGAACCUCGCCCGCAAUUGCACAAGCCAAUGACCAAACCACCUGCGCCGAUUGUCAAGCCUGCAUCCAAAUCGACAAACGCAUCUGGAUUUGAUGGCCCAUUGCCGUUCGAGAAACUCAAUUUAGGCAACUCACUUCUAGGCAAAAAGAAGAUGGAGAAGAUUGAGCAAGACAGCGCGGGUGGGUUUGAGAAGAGUCACACGCACGAAAAGAAGACUGCCGAGCCACUGCCUCCAUGGUUCAGCGGCGAACGAGACAUCAACCAAGAACUUGCCCGACAACGACAGAACGAGAAGCAAGACUGGGAAGAAGCACGCAAAGAACACGAGGCGCAGUUUCAGUAUCAGACGAUCCCUCGCUUGCAGAAGCAGGGCACGAGAGAGAUAAUCGAUCUCGACGCUUCUGCUAGUCAGAGUCAAAGCCAAAGCCAGAAGGGUAAUCAGGUCAUUGUACUCGAUUCCGAGGACGAAGAAGAUGCGGAAAAGAUGGAUGUUUCGGUCCUGGAUACACAGCCUAGUAUGAGCGAUCUUGCAGAUAAAAUACGAGCAGAGCCUCCGCAGCCUGCAGUUGAGGAUCAAAAGGUACCUACGAGUCAGGAUCCGGGGUUGAUGCUUGUUGAGGAAGAGGAGGAUGAUGACCCGGUUGAUUGGUCGGAGAGUGAGAAUGAAAGUGAGAUAGGUGCUCGAGCGCAAGGGGAGACUGUCAAGACGGCUGAGGAGUUACCGCUGGAGAGGGAAAGGUCUUCGUCGAUGGAGUUCGAGGAUGUGCCUAUGCAGAUCGAAUCUGUCCCUGGAUCUAAACCUUCGAAGUCGCCGUCACCUGAAUUUGAAGAUGUUCCUAUGAAUACCGAAACGACAUUUGCCCCAGCACCUUCCAAGUCGCCGUCACCCGAAUUCGAGGAUGUGCCCCUGCAUACUGUAGCGGCAGAACGGCCACGACGACCUCGUAGAGAACCUUCGCCCGGAAUGCUAGAAGGCCCGGAUGAUCUCGAGAUCCCCAUUGUACCUCACAGCGGUAUUGCAGACGACAACACAGCUUUCCAGAUUCCCGGCGAUGAUUCAGAUCAGUACUCUGAUGCCGACGACGCCGAACUAUUCGCGUCACUAGCCGCCGAAGGAGAAGAACACGCACGCUUCGCCAAAGAACUAAACAACAACACUACAGCGCGCGUUGACUUCGACGCAGAACUCAAGCAGCUUCGCGCCCAGCAAAAGAAAGACCGACGAGACGCAGAUGAAGUCACGCAGACCAUGGUAGCAGAAUGCCAGCACCUCCUCACCCUCUUCGGCCUCCCAUACGUAACCGCGCCCAUGGAAGCCGAAGCGCAAUGCGCCGAGCUCGUUCAUCUCGGUCUCGUCGACGGCAUCGUAACCGAUGACUCGGACACGUUCCUCUUCGGCGGCACACGCGUCUACAAAAACAUGUUCAACGCCGCAAAAUUCGUCGAAUGCUACCUCGCCCAAGACCUAACUUCUGAAUUUGGCCUCACGCGCGAUAAACUCAUCGCUAUCGCACAGCUCCUCGGCUCAGACUACACGUCCGGCAUUCCGGGCAUCGGCCCUGUCACCGCGCUGGAAGUCCUCUCUGAGUUCCCUGACCUGGAGGACUUCAAGACAUGGUGGGCAGGCGUGCAGGAUACAUCGAUCCCGAAAGCAGCAGAUGCUGCGUCGCCGUUUCGCCGCCGCUUCCGCCGCUCCCAGGCUACUAAGCUCUUCCUGCCAACGAUGUUCCCUGACCCACGCGUCGCAGACGCUUAUCUAAACCCGGAGGUUGACAAUGAUCCUGAGCCCUUCCAGUGGGGUGUGCCUGACCUUGCGGCUCUGCGCACGUACCUGAGCGAGCAGAUCGGCUGGAGCUGGGAGCGCACGGAUGAGGUUCUUGUUCCCGUCAUUAGGGAUAUGAAUCGAAGAGAAAAGGAGGGCACACAGAGUAAUAUCACUAGGUUCUUUGAGGGGAGCGUAGGCGCGGGGGCAUUUGCACCGCGUGCUGCGGCGAGAGGGAGGGGCAGGGGACGCGGGUCGAGGUUGGGCGCUGCGCUGUCGAGACUUGCGGAGGGGAAGGGGAAUGCUGAGGCAGACGUUGAAGCGGAUGCUGAAGCGGUGAGUGUACCGGCGACGCGUGCGAAGAGAAAGGGGAAGGGGAAGGGGAAAGUCGUGCCGGCUGAGCGUGAGUCUGAUGAAGAGGACGAUGGCGGGGAUGACGAGUUGUAUGAGGAACCGAAGAAGAAGAAAUCGCGGAAGAAGUGAAGUAGCUUUGGAUGAUUGAUACAACAACCAAAGAUUAUGUCGUGGAAAUUUUAUGUAUAAAUACCUAACCUAAGAAGAAACCCAUCCUAAGUCAAGAUAACUAAUUACGAGAAGUAUGACUCCGCCCGAC